AUGUCGGGAAUACUUGGCCGCCGUAUGCUUUCGAAAGCAGAGGAGGAGGGCAGUGACGAAGUCGAGGUGCGCAGAGAGGAUCAGGACAAGAUCAACCGUUUCAGUCGUCUGCAUCAACGCGAAUUGGCGAUUAAAGAGGAGCUGGAGGCCAGAAGUAAAGAAAAGGAAGAGCUCGAAGAUAUCUCUACCGAACUUGAACUCGCAGACGAAGACGAUAAGAUCCAGUAUCGAAUCGGCGACUCCUUCUUCCACCUACCCCUCGAGCAGGCUCAGGAGAUGCUGGAAGCAGCGUCAACGCGCAGCGAAGAAGAAACAGGGGAGCUCGAGGAGAAGCUGAGCUCAAUACAGGACGAGAUGAAGCAACUCAAGGUCGAUCUGUACGCAAGAUUUGGCAAACAGAUCAACCUGGAGACAUAA